UUUUCCACUCCAUCCAACACGUAUGGCUGAUUGAAGGCCAGCUACUGUUCAACAUAUAUCGGCUGAUGAUGACCCUUGGUGAAGACGAAGGAGAAGUAACAUAAACGACGUCUGCUUUCUUCUUGAGGCCAAAUAUUUUUCUUACCUCUGCAAGGAAACUUUCGGCGUCAUCAAUCGCAGUUUGCUCAAACCAUGAUCAGGAAACGAGACAUCGAAACCACUAGAAACAGAGAGUAUGUGGAAACGGAUCCCACUGAUCGGUACGGACGCUUUGGAGAAGUAUUGGGAAGGGGAGCGAUGAAAACGGUUUACAAAGCGAUCGACGAAAUGGUUGGGAUAGAAGUUGCGUGGAGUCAAGUGAAGCUCAAGGAGGUUUUACGCUCCUCCGUUGAUCUCCAGAGACUCUACUCUGAGGUUCACCUCCUUAGCACCUUGAACCACAAAUCCAUUAUUCGUUUUUACACUUCAUGGAUCGACGUUCAUCGCCAUACUUUCAACUUCAUCACCGAGUUGUUCACUUCUGGGACCCUUCGAGAGUACAGAGCAAAGUACGCGCGUGUAGACAUCCGUGCAAUCAAGAACUGGUCUCGGCAGAUCUUGGAAGGUCUUGUCUAUCUGCACGGGCAUGACCCCCCUGUAAUCCACAGAGACCUCAAAUGUGAUAAUAUCUUUGUUAAUGGCCAUCUUGGACAAGUUAAAAUUGGCGAUCUUGGUCUUGCAAGAAUUCUGCAGGACUCCCGAUCGGCUCAUAGUGUAAUUGGUACUCCAGAGUUCAUGGCGCCGGAAUUAUAUGAAGAAGAUUAUAAUGAACUCGUUGAUGUUUAUUCUUUUGGUAUGUGCGUGUUAGAGAUGAUCACCUCAGAGUUCCCCUAUAGCGAAUGCAACAACCCGGCACAAAUUUACAAGAAAGUUACCUCGGGGAGAUUACCGGAAGCCUUUUACAGAGUUGAAGGCAUUGAGGCACAGAGAUUCAUUGGGAAAUGCCUCGUGUCUGCCUCAAAGAGAGUAUCAGCGAAAGAGCUCUUGCUUGAUCCAUUUCUCGCAUCUGAUGAGUCCUGGAUGGUGUGCACGAGAAAUCCUGGGGACCUAAAGCCGUUUUUGAAUGAGAUUGAGAUGGAAACACUGAAGUUGGAUGAUGAUUUCCAAAGGACCCACAUGACCAUUACUGGAAAACUGAACCCUGAAGAUAAGACAAUUUUUCUGAAAGUUCAAAUUGCAGAUGCAAAUGGUCCUGCGAGAAACGUGUACUUUCCCUAUGACACUGUGAAUGAUACCUCAAUAGACGUCGCAAUGGAGAUGGUAAAAGAACUUGAGAUCACUGAUUGGGAGCCAGUUGAAAUAGCUACAAUGAUUGACGGAGAAAUUUCUUCUAUGGUGCCUGGUUGGAAGCAUCCGGAAGAUGAUGAAACCCACGGUGAACAUACCCCUGAUCAUCAUCACCAUCGCCACCCACCUUUUCACUCUUCCUCUUCCUAUUCAUCCUCCCAUGUCUCUCUAUCUGGUUUGACGACACAAGCUGUCCAAGAUUGGCUAAAAGAUGAUUUUUCCGAUGAGACGCUUUCUCAGGGUUCUUCCAAUUCAGGAUCUUAUCCCAAUAUGAACUACAUAUCUGCUGAUGAGGUCAUCCCUGAAAAGAGAGGCAGUCCUCCUGCUAUUACAAGAACUCACAACUUGACGAGGUUUUGCCCCGAAGAAAGCGCUUACUCACAGUCUGGAAAUCUCAGUCACAGACACUGCAAUAUUCUGCCGAACCUGCAUGCAUCAUCCAGUUCAAGAACCAGGAGAGUGGCAUCCGACAAUCGCAGGCUUACGAGGAACCGGUCACUGGUAGAUGUGCAGAGUCAGUUACUGCACCGAUCUCUAGUUGAAGAAGUGAGAAGAAGAAGAUUGUUCAAGACUGUGGGUGACGUGGAAACUGUCGGGUUUCGGUCUCCUUAUGAGGUUUCCAGACAAGAAGCAUUGUCAAGGACUUGGAAGUCUGAGAGCAGACACUAACUCUACUUCAGGCUAUAUGAUAAUAUGAGUGUAUAGUGAUAAAACUGUUUAGUAUCUAGCGAGCCCUGAAUAGUUUCUUCGGUACACAAAAAUUAUAUAUACGUGUGAAUAUAUUGAUACUUGAUAGUACCUGCUGGGGAUGAAGAUCCUUGUGUCUUGUUUCUGUUCCACUCCCUCCAUCAUGAACGCCUUGAUAAUAACCGUCAUUACACUCACUCAA